ACAUCCGGUUCCGACCUGCGCCAUUUUGAUGAAACAGCGAGGAGAGAAGCACUUUGGAUCACCGAAAUGGAUUUUAUGGAUAUAAAUUGAACAUUACCGUGGAUACACAACUUUCAGCUCUUCGUGAUGGAAAUUAGCCGUGUACUGAAGAGGAACCGUUGCGCCCCAGCUGCCUAACUGGUGGUUUUGUGUGAAUUAUUCGACAGUUACUUUGGGCAGCAUUGUUAGCAUAGCGCCGCUAACUGUUAGCUUUUGUUUUCAUAUUGUGUUGAGCGGCGAGGGAGCGUUAGGCGUAGCAUGUUAGCAUUGGCAUUAGCUAAUUUAGCAUUUAUACGGUAGAUUACGGUGUCAGGGCAAUCUUAUCAAGGUGUAACACCGGCAACGUAACAUUUGUGGACUCGUCGCGGAAGCUUUCACGCAGUUUGUGGACUUUUUGUGGAGCUCGACGGGGUUUGUCUUGACUUGACCACUAAGAACUGAUCUGAUCAAGCGAAACAUCCGAGGACUGAUUCUCUGGGAACCCCCGGCCUCUGGUAGCUACACGGCUUGUAGCUUUGCGGCGGGCCCGGGCUUUCCACCAGAGACAAUUCACGACGGACUUGGCCUCGUUCACAUUGCUGCUGUAGAUCCACCCUGUGCCGCAUGGACUCUCGGAUUUGGUGGCACCCUGUUAUGUUUUAUCGGACUUUAAAGAACUGAGGAGGCACACUGCGCCGCUCAAUGGCGCUCUGGCCUCGCAUAUCGAUUAUUUUUCUUUGGCAAUAACAAGGACUCUUUCGUCAUCUGCGACCUGAACCCUUUCCCUAUUUUAGUACAUUGUCUUCAGUGUUUCAGCGAGUAUAAAGAAGGUUUGCCUAUUAAAGUCACCAGAUUUAGCUGUGUUCAGUGUUGACGCUGUUUUAUUUUGUUAUACCAGGCCUGUGUUUUUUUUUCUUGUGCUUGAUUGACUUAAGUGCUUAGACCUGUUAAAAUGUCGUGUGUUCACUAUAAGUUUUCUUCCAAACUGGACUACAACACAGUCACUUUCGAUGGGCUGCAUAUCACCCUCAACGAGCUUAAAAGGCAGAUUAUGGCCCGAGAGCGCCUCAAGGCCACAGACUGCGACCUGCAGAUCACCAAUGCGCAGACUCGAGAAGAAUACACAGAUGAUGAAGCCCACAUCCCGAAACACUCAUCCGUGAUCGUCCGCCGAACUCCGCUUGGCGGAGUCAAACCUGCUGGCAGGACGUUCAUUGUAGAUCGUUCUGACACAGCUGUGGUGGGAUCUUCUAGACCCACUGAUUCUUCUCCAUCAAUGUCACUCGCCCAACUUGCCAAGACUGCUAACCUGGUUGACGCUAAUGCAUCAGAGGAGGACAAGAUUAAAGCCAUGAUGUCUCAGUCCAAUCAUGAAUAUGACCCAAUACAUUACUCCAAGAAGGCAGUUGGACCUCCACCUGCUCACUAUACCUGCUUUCGUUGUGGAAAAGCUGGCCAUUACAUUCGGCAGUGCCCCUUGCUCAUGGUCCAGGAUAAGAGUGUGGAGGGUCCCAAGCCUGUAAGGAUCAGUAAGGGUAUUCCUCAGAGCUUCAUGGUGAAAGCAGAGCCAGGAACCAAGGGAGCCAUGUUAACGAGCACUGGAGAAUACGCUAUUCCUGCUAUAGAUGCGGAGGCAUAUGCACAAGGAAAGAAGGAGCGCCCUCCGUUUGUUCCACAUGACCAGUCUUCAUCCGAGGACGAUACUGACCCAAUCCCAGAUGAACUCUUGUGUCCGAUCUGCAAUGACCUGAUGACGGAUGCCGUAGUUAUACCUUGUUGUGGAAACAGUUACUGCGAUGAUUGUAUCAGGACAACCUUGUUGGACUCAGAGGAACACAUCUGCUACACAUGCAAACAGUCAGAUGUUUCACCUGAUAAUCUCAUUGCCAACAAGUUUCUCCGACAGGCUGUGAACAACUUUAAGAACGAGACAGGAUACACCAAACAUGUACGCAAACAGAUGCAAAAUGCAGCCCCGCCUCCGCCGCGCCCUCAGUUGGUCAGGCCUCUGCACUCAAGACAGCAGGACCCACUCAUGGCCAAUAUCAGUCAACCUCCACCUGUAUGCCCACCCUCCACUGCCCCUCAAGCACAGGUUCCGCCCCCUGCUCCCGCUCCUGCUCCUUCUCCUGCUCCUGCACCAGCACCAGCUCUGUCACCUGCUCCUGCUGCUACUUCUGCCCCUACCCCUCCUCAUGCUGCUGCUGUGGAAGAGCAAGUCAAUUCACCAGCCCCUGCACCUGUUGUGGACCACAAUUCUCCUAUGCACUCCACCAGCCAUGGUGAACCACCCCCACCGGGUGAGUCUGAUCCAGAACCUACUGUGACACCAGACUCAUCUGUAAGCUCAGAAAGUGGAUCACAUAACUACCAUUUAACUGUAAUUGGCCACCCGCCACCUGCAAGGCCUCCUCAUGCAUCAGGUCACCAGUCACGGCCACAGCACUCUCACAGCAGCAGAGGAGGCAGACCCUGGGAGAGGUUUUACAGAAGUAGAGGAGAUCACCCCUCCUCACACGCACAGACGGCUCCACCUCCUCCGUCUGUAGCUCCAGUGUACCCAGCUCCGUCCAUGUACCCGCCGCCACCACAGUCAUACCCCCCGCCAUACACAGCUGCCCCUGGGCUUAUCCCUCCGGUCAUGGGUUACCCACCCCAGCCUGUUUAUGCCACUGGACCACCAGGGCUCAACCCUCCCUGGGUUGCCCCUGGUACACAGCCCCCUCUUGUCCCUCUUCCACCCCUCUCACAGCCCCCACUCUCUAAGGAAGAUUUCUACAGACAGCGGCACCACCGACAGGACAAAGCUCCAUCCAAACUGGAUGAAUUUACUAAAGACUUCCACAAAGAGCUUAUGAAGUACAGGAAUGCACCAAAGAGACGAAGGCCAUCUUAUUCAAGGUCCCGGUCAUACAGUCGGUCUCCAUUCAGCCGUUCUCCUUAUUCUCGCUCUAGAUCCAGAUCUAGAUCAAGAUCCAGGUCUUACUCUUUUUCCCCCAGUCGUUCCCGGUCCCGUUCACGCUCCCAUGGCCGGUUUUAUCCCCGCUCCCCUUAUUCUAGACGCAAUGGACGCAGUUAUGGACGCUCGCGAUCAAGAUCCCGUUCUCGUUCAAGGUCUUAUGGGUACCGACGCUCUGGCUCUCCGCGGUCUCCUCCCCCCUAUCGGCCAGGAGGCUGGGAGGGAGCAGAAGGAGCAGGACCUUACAGGUCUCGGUCGCGGUCUCGCUCCCCUGGCCCCGGUGGCUUCCGUAGCCGCAGUCCCGGUGCAAGAAAGCCACCUCCUCGAGAGAUGCCGCCGUAUGAACUGAAGGGUCCAAGUCCUGGAGGCAAUGACCGCUGGGAAAGAGAAAAGUUUAGACAGUGGGAGAAAGAGUACGCAGACUGGUACAAUAAGUACUACAAAGACUAUGACAACCAACAUCCCUCAAUGCACCACAGAGGUCGUGGCAGCAGAGACAGGGAGAGGGAAAGAAUGUCCCCACUACCUAGAGAUUACUCCCCCCAGGGUAGAGGAAGAAGAGGGAGGGAAGAGAGAGGAGCACCCCCUCACCAUCCUCCAUCCUCUUCCUCAUCAGGGAACAAGUCCAGCGCUAAAGUCCUGAAGACAAAGAAAGUAAAAAAGAAGAGGACUGGCGAGGAAUCGGAGCCAUCACAUCAGUCAGUAGACAGGGGUGAUGCUACUCCUGUCAGAGACGAGCCAAUGGACGAAAUCCCUUCACUCGUUAAAACGCCUCCCAUGUCCUCAAAGGCUUCAGCCGGAGCUCCAACCUCUAAAGCUCCAGCCUCUAAAAGCACUGCUUCAACCACUAAACCCUCAACCAAGUCAACAUCAAAGACUCAGUCUGACAAGACGAAGAAAGACAAGGGUCAGAAGGUUAAACCGAAAGCAAAGACGGAAGGCGUGAAGGCAAAGAGUGGUGACAAGGUGAAAAAGAAGACAGUAGACGCAGUGGUGCCCAAAAAGAAAGAGUCCUCCUCAUCCUCUGCCACGAAAAUAUUAAAGACUGUUAAACCCAAACCAGAAGAUGCUCCCAACUCAACUACCGCUAAAAAAGAAAAGGGUAAAAGCUCUGCAGUGAGACUUCCCCUGCUGAAAACCCCUCCACUUUCCUCCCAGAACCUGCCUCUACAUCAUUCCUCCCUUCAUGAUGGCCCUCGAAUCAGCCACGACAUCCGUGGGAGAAGAGAUCUUCCACAGGGCGGUGGGCUCCUUCCCAUCCCCCAUGGACUCACCCCCAUCCACCGACCUCCCUCCCCCGACAGUCGGAGGAGGAUGGGAGAGGAGAGCCGAUGUCUGCUCGGACCUCCUCCUGGAAAGCUGAGGAGAAUGGAUACGCUAGGUGGUGGUGUUGAUAUGCUCUCCCACUCUCAUAUGUCUCAUCAGCCCCCACUCCACAGACUCCCACCUUCAGACAGGGCUGGUAUUCUUCCCAUACCGGGGAGCCGCGAAAUGAACCGGGGAGACUCCGAUCGAGGAUCCAUCAGACCUCUAAUGGACCUUCAGGUAAAGCCACUGCCUCAGAGGAGGAUCAAGUUGAACAGAGAUCUGGGGAGGAAAGGCAGCACUGAGACGCCACCCUCAGACAGGGCAGCAUCAGGUCCUGAGAAGACCACCUCCUCCUCAGACCGAUCCGCUUCUGCUAACUUCUCUGAAGGUGACCGUCCCAGCAGUUCAGCAGAAGUUCCUGGGAGAAAGGAGAGGUCAUCAUCUGCUGAGCAGGGCGCCCCCAGAGAAAGACCCGGAAGUGCAGGAGAGAGACUGCAGGGCUCGGACAGAGAGCAAAGCAGAAGCUCAGGACCGGACAGAGAGAGGGACAGAGCCUCGGGGUCAGACAGAGACCGAGACAGAGGCAUAGCGUCUGACAGAGACAGAGAUAGAGACAGAGACAGGGUCUCAGGCUCACAGAAGCUAGCUGUCACAGUGGAGAGAGAUCCCGAAGGAGAGAGGUCGGUGAGGACAGAGCGAAAGACCUCCAGAAGUGGAAGUGCAGGAGGGAGGUCCGUCUCCCUGGACAAACUGACCAUCGCCGAGAAAUCAGCCGCUUCUAAAAGCUCAACAGAUCCUCACGAGAAGCCGAGCACGUCCUCGAAGGAGAGAGGUGAAGGCUCAGAACGAUCUGCUAAAUCUGACAGGAGUGUGUCCAAGGACAGAACAGAGAGGAGUGUCCCCUCAGGAGAGAAGCCAGCUGCUGCUCACAGAGAAGCGGUGAAAGAUAGUGAGGAGUCUGUUGUGAAGAGACCCAGGAUCAGCCGAAAGGCUCUGACGAGCCACACUGUGAGCUCCACUAGGUCAAAUCAAGAAACAAAACGCGACUCAGACAAAGAUCAGAAGAGUGCAUCCUCCAAACCUGCAGAGCAGCCACCAUCAAGCCCUAUGCAAAGUCAUGGCCGCAGUCCAAGUAUCAGCCCAGCACCCAGCCCGGCCAGGGAGGAGCCGCUCAUUCAGCCUCCUCCUCGCUCCAAGUGGGAGAGAGAAGAUGACGAAGAAGGCCAGGAAAACGGACUAAGUGCACCCAAAGAGCCCUCACCGGUUCCACAGAGGAGCCGAGGCAGAGAGUUGCAGACCGAAGCACCUAAACCUGUCAGGGGUGAAGGACGGGAUUCAACAAGGGAGGAGAGGAGAGGAGUCGUGAGGGAAGAGAAGAAAGGGAGAGCACCAAGGGAAGAGGGUAAAGGUGGCAGGACAGCACAGGCAAAUUCUGACAAACCAACCAAAAUAAAGCUUGUGAGGGAGGAAGCGAGAGGAGCAAGAGAGGAAGGGAGAGCUGCAGCAAGAGAGGAGGGGAGAGGUGGAGGAAGGGAUGAAGGGCGAGGAGUGCCAGGGAAGGAGGAGAGAGCUGCAGAAGGCAGAGGUGGAGGACGGGAGGAGAUUCGUGGCCCAGAGCCCAGGAGACAGCGUUUGUGUUCUGACCUGGGCCGCGAGACUGACGAGGCAGCCUUUGUGCCCGACUACAGUGAAGGCGAAGGCUCUGAGCCGGAGAGAGGAAGGAGUGGCAGCCCCAGCCAGUCCAACAGCCAACCCUCCACCCCGAGCCCCAGCAACCACAGCGGCUCGGGAACCACCGCCACUGACAAGAAGAAGAAGAAACACAAGAAACAUAAAAAACACAAGAAGCACAAGAAGCAUAGUGCCCUGAACAAAGAAGGAGAGGAAAAGGAGCACAAGCACAAACACAAGAAAAAGAAACACAAAAAGAACAAAGACAAGGAUGGGAAGGAAGAGGAGGAGAAGGUUGAGAAAGCAGAGGAAGGGGCCCUGUGCUAACAGGAGCUAAGCUAAGACUGCUGCCCAAAAUCUGUAACCUUCUUUGUUAAUAAGGAGAUAAUGAUGUAUCUAGAAAUAUCAGCUUACACUGGCAUGCUGCUCCAUGUGCCACUCUGAGGGAAUGGAUGAAACAAGUCUUUGACUGUCCGUGACACUGGAGGGCUUUCAUUGCUGGUUUCCAGAUGUACUUGUGGUGCUUUGUUGUGCCUGGUUUGCAGCACUAUGACUGCUGCUGAGGUUUCUUUAAUGUUCAAUGUGAGCCUCCUCUUUGUGACUUUGAGUCAGGAAAAACUAGUUAUGCUGUGCAGCACUAUUGUGAUCAACCUCGAGCCUGCCAGAAAGGACUCGAUGAUAAUAAAUGAUCACACAACAGUGAAUCUAAAUGAUAGGAAUAACACACUGUACUCAGGGAUGUGAUUGCUUCUUUGUAGAGGAGGAAUUGCUGUUUCUCUGCCUCUCAUUCAUUUGUAAAUAGAAACGAACUGUUGCUUCACAUAAAAAUAAUUUUUCCUCAGUUUGUUUUGCUCACAUCCCUGUGUGCUGUUCAAGGCUGAAAUGCUAAAUAACCUUCAUUUCUUUGAGGGCCGUUGCAAGCUCUUUUAUUUAAAGGACUGUACUCGGUUUUGCAUGUUUUUAGCACAUUCAGUACAAGCUAUUCAUACUUUUCAUAAAUGCCAUCCAUUUUCAAUGCUCAUAAUCUCAUUGAUAGGCAGCCAUUGGUUUCAAAUCAUGCCAGUAGGCUUUUUUGUUUGCUUUGAAACUGGUGUAAAUUUAAGAUGAAGGCAACAAAACGUUCAUGGAUAGGUUAUCUGGCUAUGCAAGGUUAAAUCGCUGCAAGUUGAUUUUCUUACAAGACAUAAUAUGAAUGAAACGUCUUCUCUGAAUGAAGGCUUAGUGUUCAAGCAUUUGUGAUUAAUGUGCUUAAAACCUGCGCAAUCAGCAGUAUGGCCCUUUUUAAGUUAAAACAACCCUUAAUGUAUCCAUGCUACACUGGAUUGUAUACAUCUAGGAUGUGUUAAUUAAUAAUGUCAAAUCAGUCGGCAUGUUUUUGUUCCAAAGGUGCAGUAGUUGUCUCUCACGUUGUCGGAGUGAGUGAAAGUGUGUGUAUGUGUGUUGGUGUGAAAGUGAAAUGUGACACAAGUGGGACAAAUUGGAGGAUGAUCUUACAAAUGAGUUGUUCAUUCUUUUUUUUUAAUUAAAACGUUUUGACCUCA